GUUAUCGAAAGGAAGUGGUUUCGCGGUGCUCCUGUUCGACCGCCCUGGCAGCCUAUCGGCCUGCCCCCCGACCCUGGUGAAGGUCGGCGCUUCUCGUGAUUUGAUCCCGAACUGGUUGGGCCACUGCAUUUCUGGUGCAUUCGUUUUUCAGGCCUCGGAGUCGGGCGCCUGCGUCGGCAUUUCCAUGUUUUCUCGGUUCGGGGCUUCCUGGUACAGCGGGUACGCGUACUGA